AUGUCCUACCCUCAGGGCUACUUGUACCAGCCGUCCGCCUCGCUAGCGCUCUACUCCUGCCCGGCGUACAGCACCAGCGUCAUCUCGGGACCCCGCACCGAUGAGCUAGGCCGUUCGUCGUCGGGCUCCGCGUUCUCGCCCUAUGCUGGCUCCACUGCCUUUACGGCGCCCUCGCCGGGCUACAACUCGCACCUCCAGUACGGGGCCGACCCCGCGGCGGCGGCGGCGGCCGCGUUCUCUUCGUACGUGGGCUCUCCUUAUGACCACACACCAGGCAUGGCGGGCUCCUUGGGGUACCAUCCAUACGCAGCGCCCCUGGGCUCUUACCCUUAUGGGGACCCAGCAUACCGGAAGAACGCCACGAGGGACGCCACGGCCACCCUCAAGGCCUGGCUGAACGAGCACCGCAAGAACCCCUACCCGACCAAGGGCGAGAAGAUCAUGCUGGCCAUCAUCACCAAGAUGACCCUCACCCAGGUGUCCACCUGGUUCGCCAACGCGCGCCGGCGCCUCAAGAAGGAGAACAAGAUGACAUGGACACCACGGAACCGUAGCGAGGAUGAGGAAGAGGAAGAGAACAUUGACUUGGAGAAGAAUGACGAGGAUGAGCCCCAGAAGCCCGAGGACAAGGGCGACACGGAGGGCUCCGAAGCAGGAGGAGCGGAGAAGGUAGCUUCUGGCUGCGAACGGCUGCAAGGACCGCCCACCCCCGCCUGCAAGGAGACCGAGGGCAGCCUCAGCGACUCUGAUUUUAAGGAGCCCUCUUCAGAGGGCCAUCUCGACACGCUGCCCGGGCUCCCCAGAGCUGGCGGAUCCUCCCCAGCCAGGCCAGCGGCGGCGCGGCUAGCUGAGGACCCGGUCGCUCACUACCCCUCGGGCUUGCCUGCCACUGCCCCGCCGCACUCGACCACUGGAGAAUUGCCCCCCGGCCAAGGCGGGCCCUCUGUCAUCCACUCGCCACCGCUGCCGCCACCACCGCCGCCGCCGCCGCAAGCGGUGCUCACCAAGCCCAAACUGUGGUCUCUGGCAGAGAUCGCCACAUCCUCGGACAAGGUCAAGGACGGGGUCGGAGGGAGCGAGGGCUCUCCGUGCCCUCCGUGUCCCGGGCCUGUAGCAGGGCAAGCCCUGGUAGGCAGUAGAGCGUCGCCGGCCCCAGCACCGUCCCGCUCGCCGUCUGGGCAGUGCCCCUUUCCUGGCGGGACGGUGCUGUCCAGGCCGCUCUACUACACGGCGCCCUUCUAUCCGGGCUACACGAACUACGGCUCCUUUGGACACCUUCAUGGCCACCCAGGGCCCGGGCCAGGCCCCACCGGCCCAGGCUCGCAUUUCAAUGGAUUAAAUCAGACGGUGUUGAACCGAGCAGAUGCUUUGGCCAAAGACCCGAAAAUGUUGCGGAGCCAGUCCCAGCUAGACCUGUGCAAAGACUCUCCCUAUGAAUUGAAGAAAGGUAUGUCGGACAUUUAACGCGGGCUGCGUCGGUCCCGGACUUUUCUAAUUUAUUUAAAAAACAACAGCAUAACCCUGGCAGUUAUUUUUCCAUCACCCAAAAGAGAAAAACAAAUCAAAACCAACGAACACAUACCACCCUUCCUAUUCAAAAGUUUAUAGUUAAUGGAGAUGGAUGACAUAAAAAUGUAAACAUCUCCACACACAAAUGUCUUAGCCACCCGAAAAGGAAAAAAAAAUUAAAACAAAAAGGAUUUGUAUUAAAUCUUAUUCUGUAUAUUUAAUGUAGCAUUUUUGUAUUUAAAUCGAUAAUUCAAUAUCUUUGAAGUAAAUUAUGAAAUCAAGAUCCCUGUACAGGCAUUUAAUUUUUUUUUGUAAUAUAAAUAUAUACAUUUGUGCUUUCCCCCAAGCUGUUUCAUAGUUUAAAAAUACAAGUUUAAUUUAAUUUUUUACAUCUAUUGAUUUUUCUGGGUUUGAGCUCUAAAGUAUUAUUACAGAAAGGAAGCAGGUUAUACUCUUAGAUUUUAAGAAAGUCAAAGAAACUGCAGCCACCUUUGUAAGAUGCAAAAUAUUUAAUUAAAAGAGAUUUUAACAUAA